ACAGAGUCCACAAACAAAACAUCAGUUUUAGGACACAGCCUCCAAACAUCAAACAUCAACAAUGGCUUCCUCGCUUCUUUCUCCAUCCUUCACUUCCUUUCUCCACACCAAGGAUCCGGCUCUCUCUGCUUUCGCAUAUCAGAGAUGCCUCAAAGUGGUUCCAAGGAGAAUCUCUUGUGCUGUUUCAGCGCCACAGCGCCAGCCUUAUACCACUGGAUCAGUGAAGACUGGGAUGACCAUGACUGAGAAGAUAUUGGCUAGAGCUUCGGAGAAGGCACAGUUGAGCCCUGGGGAUAAUGUUUGGGUCAACGUUGACAUUUUGAUGACACAUGAUGUGUGUGGCCCUGGUUCUAUUGGAAUUUUCAAGAGGGAGUUUGGUGAGGAUGCCAAGGUUUGGGACCGUGAAAAGGUUGUAAUAAUACCUGACCACUAUAUAUUCACAAGUGAUGAACGAGCCAAUCGCAACGUAGACAUAUUAAGAGAUUUUUGCCACGAGCAGAAUAUCAAGUACUUUUAUGAUAUUAAGGAUCUUAGUAAUUUUAAGGCAAAUCCAGACUAUAAGGGUGUUUGCCAUGUUGCUCUUGCUCAGGAAGGUCAUUGUAGGCCAGGAGAGGUUCUCUUAGGUACUGAUUCUCACACUUGUACUGCUGGAGCAUUUGGUCAAUUUGCUACAGGGAUUGGUAAUACUGAUGCUGGUUUUGUGCUGGGAACUGGGAAGCUUCUGCUCAAGGUCCCUCCAACUCUGAGAUUUGUAAUGGAUGGAGAAAUGCCCAAUUAUUUGCUUUCAAAGGAUUUGAUUGUGCAAAUUAUUGGUGAAAUAACUGUGGCUGGUGCAACAUAUAAAGCUAUGGAGUUUGUUGGCUCAACUGUUGAAAGUUUAACUAUGGAAGAACGGAUGACAUUGUGCAACAUGGUUGUUGAAGCUGGUGGAAAGAAUGGUGUUGUUCCUGCUGAUAACACUACAUACAAAUAUCUUGAGGGAAAGACAUCUGUGGCAUAUGAACCAGUGUAUAGUGACCAACAAGCAAAAUUUCUUUCUGAGUAUAGAUUUGAUGUCUCAAAAUUGGAGCCACUGGUGGCCAAGGUUAGUUCUUGGACUGUCUUUAUUUUACAUGCAGCUGUAUGUUAUUAUCUGAUGUUGUCACUAUGUUCACCGCUAAUAUUAUGCUUGAGAAUGUUGCAGCCACAUUCUCCAGAUAACCGUGCUUUGGCAAGAGAGUGCAAGGAUGUGAAAAUUGACAGAGUAUACAUAGGAUCUUGUACAGGUGGGAAAACAGAGGAUUUCAUGGCUGCAGCAAAAAUUUUUCUGGCAUCAGGUAAAAUGGUCAAAGUUCCCACAUUUCUUGUGCCUGCAACACAGAAGGUUUGGAUGGACAUAUACAGCAUCCCAGUCCCUGGAUCUGGUGGUAAGACUUGCUCACAGAUAUUUGAAGAAGCUGGAUGUGACACGCCUGCUAGUCCUAGUUGUGGUGCUUGUUUGGGUGGUCCUAAAGAUACUUAUGCACGUAUGAAUGAACCUAAGGUUUGUGUUUCAACUACAAAUAGGAACUUCCCGGGCCGAAUGGGCCACAAGGAAGGUCAAAUAUAUUUAGCUUCACCAUAUACUGCUGCAGCAUCUGCAUUGACUGGUUUCGUUACUGAUCCUAGAGAGUUCUUGCAGUAGAACAUUGUUACUGUAAUACCACUUUGUUGUAUACCUUGUUUAGUUGUGUAUUUCUCUAGCCAUAAGUUAAUACCGAAGCUCUUUUAGGUGGCCAAUUUAUUGGCACUUUUUGUCCACAGAAAUUUUAUGUGGGCGUUGAUGCAUUGAUACUCAGUUUUUGUCACCAAAAAAGAGAUUGGUUUAUUUUAGUUCUUGCUGACUAUGACAUGGUCGUUGUUGCUGUUACAGUUGCAAAUAUGAUUUCAUAUGGAUUUGCUCGUCAAUCCGUGUUUUAGUAGCACUCGAUAUUUUUUGCUUGUACCAUGUUGAUCUUAUAAUCAUUCAAAGAUGUGGGUAGAUCAAUACAGAUUAAUAUAAAGUUUUAUUUCAAAUCUAGGCAGUGUUUGGG